GCCACCGCCCGGGCCUAGGCGCCAGCUGCGAGCGCAGAAUCUGCUCCUUGGACCUGGAGCUGCUCUCUCCCGCCAUGGGUCUCCUCCUCUGCCCUUACCGCGCCGCGCUGCUCCCGGGAGGCCUCGUGCUCCUCCUGCUGCUCGUAGACCCAGUGCUCCCGACCGGACGUCACCCCCCGGUGGUGCUGGUGCCUGGAGAUUUGGGCAACCAGCUGGAGGCAAAGCUGGACAAGCCAUCGGUGGUGCACUAUCUCUGUUCCAAGAAGACGGACAGCUACUUCACACUCUGGCUCAACCUGGAGCUGCUCCUGCCUGUCAUCAUUGACUGCUGGAUUGACAAUAUCAGGCUGGUCUACAACAAAACAUCUCGGGCCACCCAGUUUCCCGAAGGUGUGGAUGUGCGUGUCCCCGGCUUUGGGAAGACCUUCUCCCUGGAGUUCCUGGACCCCAGCAAAAGCAGCCUCGGUUCCUAUUUCCAUAUCAUGGUGGAAAGCCUCGUGAGCUGGGGCUAUACACGGGAUGAGGAUGUCCGGGGGGCCCCCUAUGACUGGCGCCGAGCUCCAAAUGAAAACGGGCCGUACUUCCUGGCCCUGCGCGAGAUGAUCGAGGAGAUGUACCAGCUGUAUGGGGGCCCGGUGGUGCUGGUGGCCCAUAGUAUGGGCAACAUGUACACACUCUACUUUCUGCAGCGGCAGCCGCAGGCCUGGAAGGACAAGUAUAUUCGCGCUUUCGUGUCCUUGGGUGCGCCCUGGGGGGGCGUGGCCAAGACCCUGCGUGUCCUGGCCUCAGGAGACAACAACCGGAUCCCCGUCAUCAGUCCCCUGAAGAUCCGGGAGCAGCAGCGGUCGGCAGUGUCUACCAGCUGGCUGCUGCCCUACAACUAUACCUGGUCACCUGAGAAGGUGUUCGUGCGCACGGCCACGGCCAACUACACGCUGCGGGACUAUGUCCAGUUCUUCCAGGACAUUGACUUCAAAGAGGGCUGGCUCAUGCGGCAGGACACAGAAGGGCUCGUUGAAGCCAUGGUGCCACCCGGGGUGCCGCUGCACUGCCUCUAUGGCAUUGGGGUCCACACGCCAGACUCUUUCUACUAUGAGAGAUUCCCUGACAGCGACCCUAAAAUCUUCGUUGGUGAUGGCGAUGGCACUGUGAAUCUGGAGAGUGCCCUGCACUGCCAGGCCUGGCGAGGCCGCCAGGAGCAACAAGUGUCUAUGAGGGAGCUGCCAGGCAGUGAGCACAUCGAGAUGCUGGCCAACCCCAUCGCCCUGGCCUAUCUGAAACGGGUGCUUCUUGAGCUCUGACCCCAAGCCAGUGGGGCUGCUGGGUGGCUUGCCCACAGCUGUUUCUGCUGGCCUCAGAGUGGCCAUGGCCCUUGAGUUCAGCUGUUCGUGGCUUCCCACUGGGUCUUGGGUUGAGAAAUGACUGCUGUGAGGAGGUGCUGUCUCUUAUCCUUCCUUUGUGGGAAUGAGGAAAGAAACAGUACUCCAGACACACUCAAGGGCCCCUUGAUGGAAAAAAUGUGGCUGAUGGUAGAAUUGUGACCUCAAGACCACCUCUGAAUGGGGAUUGGCUGGCACCUGGCCCCAGUCCCCAACUCUAGGGCCAUGCGUACCUCCUAGCUCUGUGGCCUUUUCACACAUGCCCACCAGGCCCCGGCCUCUCCGCCUGCCUGUGAGAGAUGUUACUGAGCUGUGGUCCCUGCUCCCGGUGGUCCCAGGGAUGAACUUCUGGCCCUAAGUGACCGUCCCCACAUACCAGCCACUGUAGGCCUGCUACUGGCCGUGGGUGGCUGGAGCUGGGUUGUCUGGCGACCCAGCUGCUUGGCCACCUCCCUGGCUUCUUGGGGACUGUCUGAUUGCCCCUGCCAGCAGGGGCAGGUCGUUGGGGUCUUCAUGGUACCCAAGCCCUGGGGCAUUCAUGCCUACCUCCUCACCUCUAAGAGCCACUCAGCUCAAGACCAGACAGCUGAUAGCCCGCCAGUUCUGGGGAGGACUGAGUACCCUGACCCCUGGGUGUGCUCUUGGCCGCAGUAUCAAUGCUGGCUCCCUUUGCCCAGAACUGUGAUUUGCAGAUAACCACUGCAUUGCCACCCUGCUGUUAGGUCUCUCUUGGAUCCAGUGGGCUGGCACAGGGCAGAGAGGAGGCAGGGCUUGUACUUUCCCCCUCACCCUCCCAGACCCAGCAUCAACUCCACCAGGCAGCUGAGUGGUGUCUGAUAUUCAGGGACUAACCCCGAAACUUGUGUUGGCCUCUGAGAGAGCCAGGUGCCUUGAGGUCCCCCUGGGGGUUUUCUGCCCCAGAGGUAUGACAGGUGUCCCUGUCAGAGCAGGGAUGAGGAACCCAGGUCUGCCUUGGUGGCAGUGGACCAUGGCUAUAGGCUGAGACAUGGGGCUGAAGCCACAUUUGGACUGGACUGUGCUGCUCUCCCACGAGGUUACCAUGGACUGGAUUUUCUCUGAUGUAUACCUACCCAGCAUUUGUCACUUUUUCCUGAGCGGUGGGCCCUGCCUGGGCUCUGAGCAGGCUGUACCUCAAUUCCGGCAAUAAAAGUAUUCUGG